AUGAAUGAAUGGAAGCUGAGCGAUAAACAAAGUAACACACUCCGCUCCUGCCGCUGCUUGGAAACAGAGAUCAAAGAAGUGAAAGUGAAGGAGUUGCCCGGUGUGUCCCGAGCCGGGGGUGUCCGGGCAGGGCCAUCCCGCCCCACUGAGCGCACACCGGGGGCUGUGUGCCCUGCUGGCUCCCCGGUACAGCAGGGACACGGCAAUGGAGAGGGCUCUGGGGCAGCGCUGGGGAGAAGGGGCUGGGAGCUGGGCCUGUUUAUUCCGGACAAGACCGAGAGGGAUCCAUCAGUGCAUGUAAACAUCUCAGAUGGGUGCCAGGAGGAGGUGCCAGACCCGUCAGUGGUGCCCAGCGAGAUUGGAAUGGGACUAACAGGCUUUGGAGUGUUUUUCCUCUUCUUUGGAAUGAUACUCUUCUUUGACAAAGCUCUUUUGGCUAUUGGAAAUGUUUUAUUUGUGGCUGGCUUGUCUUUUGUUAUCGGUUUAGAAAGAACGUUCAGAUUCUUCUUUCAAAAACACAAAAUGAAAGCAACGGGCUUCUUCCUGGGUGGUGUGCUCAUAGUUCUCAUUGGCUGGCCUUUAAUAGGAAUGAUCCUGGAAAUCUAUGGGUUCUUCCUAUUGUUCAGGGGGUUCUUUCCUGUGGUGGUUGGCUUUAUUAGAAGAGUUCCAGUUCUUGGCUAUCUCUUGAAUUUACCUGGUAUAAGCUCGCUUGUAGAUAAAGUUGGAGAAAGCAACAACAUGGUAUAAUGACAAGAGGGUGGAAGACUGAUCUAAACUUUUACUGUAUUAUUUAUAAAAUCCCUUUGAAGAAUACUCAGCACAAAGAUUAAGUUGUGUACAAAGGAAAAAGCUUGUUACAUUCUUUACAUAACAGUUUAAUUUAAAAUGUAUAGUCAACAAUAUACAUUAGAAAAGAAGCUCAGCAAGUAUGCUUCUAGGAAAGUAACUCCAGAAUUCGGGAAGUAAACUGAAGAGGGAAAAGUCAUGGAAUAAUCCCUGUUACAACUGUUCAAGACUAUUUCUGUUGGUUUUGGAAAACAUGCUAGAGGCAAUGAACCCUUGUGGAAUUAACGGUGCCUGUUCUUUACCUCCUUAUUUUGAAGGUGCAGUAGAGCAAACAGGCCUACAUUUUUAAGGGUGACCCAAACGUACCCAACCCUCUGCUUGCUAUCCUCAGAGUGCAAAAAAUCAAACAGGAAACUUCUUGUGUAACAAGAGAUGCAUCUUUGCAUGAAGGUUAAGAUGACUAUUCAUCUAUAAGUGUAUUAUGACAAUAAAAAGGAAACCCUACACAGUUCUGUUGUAAACAUUUUUGUAAAUAUGUGGCUGAAAUACAGCAUUGUUAUCUUAAUGUUUCAAAGACAAAUGUUAGUCGAUUGUAUUUGCCUUCCGUUUCGGAAUAUGCAAAAGGUCAAUCUUUAAUAACUUUGGUCUUAAAUGUUGGUUCUGAACAUGCAGAGCUCAGUGGGGAACUCUGGAAGCUGACUUGCAGGCCUUCCAGGUUGCUCUCCUUGAGCCAUGUUCCAUGUGCAUCCUGAUGAGAAUGUAGCCCCUUGUCACUAACGUGAAAACUCUGUGAAAUACGCUUAGUUCACAAGAAACUGCAUUAGGCUGAGGUGCUGAUGUGAACGCUGUGACAUGUAACUUACCAGAAUUUGGAGCUUUGUUUUUAAACUGUUUCCAACUAAGCUUUCUUUGUUUACUCUGGAACUACGAAUUGACUUUUAUUUUUUAUGGUAAUAAAAUGGAAACUUAAAGUUCUGUGUACGUGAGUCUCUGGGGAGAAAACUGCUGGGGCUGACUACAGAUCAAGUGCCAAUCUCCAGGUGUUUGUAACUUGUUGCUGGGUUAUCUGGUUAUCUUCAGACAACUCCUGGUUACAGCAGCAGCUUUGUUGUUGUUACUGAGGAUUCUUGGCUAACCUGGGAUAAAUGUCCCCUCCUAAUGCACGGGUCACAUUUCUGCUCCUGUUGGAAUGUUAAAUGUUGUGCACUUGCAAUGGUCUCAGUUCCGGUGUCCUCACCUAACAAACCCUGCUUGUUCAGUGAAUUGUGGUUGUGCAGGCAGGGGGGUUUCUGUUGUGUUGCAUUUUCUUUUCCCUUUCAUGUAAUCCUGAAACAAUUACCCAAUGUAGUAUUAAAGGUAGCUAUGUAGCCUAAAGGUCUAAUGACUGGGUUUGGUUUUUUUUUUAAUAUUAUGCAGUUUAAAUUGGAAUUUUCUAAUGUAAGUUUUAAGUUUAAAAAAUCCUUGUAUACCAACUGUUUUGAAAGUUGCUCUGAAGUUUAUUUGUAUAAAACGAAGGUUUUUUCAUUGUAUAAAUAGCCACAAUCUACUGCUAUCAAUGUUUAAUUUGCUUCCUUCUAAAACAGGCACCAAAAAAUGAUCCAGGAAAAAAAAAACUCACCUGUUAUUUUGCAAUUAAUAACAACUGAAAAAUCAGUGGGUUUAUUUUAUAAAUAGCUAUAUUUGCUUGAUGGCAUGUGCAUUACAGUUUAGAGACAGGAGUAAAUACUAUUUGUUGGCUCUACCUCAAGAGAUAAACCAUUUUAGAUAACCCAAUUUUAACUGCUCCUAUAGCUUUGCUGUGUGUUACAAUGACUAGAGAAUAACACUCCAGCAGCUUGGCCAACUCAUCCUGUUUGCUGUGGUAGGGCACUGGGCUGUGCUGUGGGAAAUGCUGUCUAAAGCAGACAGUGUUCACCUUUUAAAUCAGCUGCCUGAACGUUUUUGUGCUUGUCUUGAAAAAUGAUGUGAUGGAAAAGGUGGAUUGCACCACAUGACUGUGGCUCUCUGGCUGCAGUAACUGUCUUGGUAAGCUGAAGUACCUUCAUCACAAUAAAUGAUGAUGAUGAUGUCUUUUGGAGGUGGUGCAUGUGUGGCUGUGGAUGAUCUCAGCAUCUCUGAGAAGCUGGGGUGUAGGCAGGUCAUCUCAUUUAUACUUAAUUCAUUGUUUUCAAUCAAAAGUCAAUUUUUUGUCACAUGUCAACUGUUGUGGAAAGCAUCUGAGGGAACAGAAUUGUGUGUUGAAUUUAGCAUAGUCUAUCCCUCAAGGUAAUGUUUUUGAGACGGUUUUGCCAAGAUAAAUGUGGGUGGCAGCAAAGGUCAAAACAACUUAGCCUUAAAGUGUUUCUGUCCUUGUAAAAAUAUCUCAAACAGAAACAUGCUUGGAAUGUUUCCCCUUUUAAAUGUAAUUUAUAAUUGCUGCUUUAAAACUCAUAAGGAUGGAUCUUAUUCUGAGCAGAUGAAUACUGUAAAUAUCCUUGUCAUACCUUGAAUAAAUGGGAACCUUUUUCUAUAA